AUGAAGAUGUUUGGAUUGAUCAUGGAAACUGUUCGAACAUGGCAUCCUUCCCUCGAGUACGUGGGUCAAGAUAGAUGCGAUGAGGGCACAUGUUUUGACAGAGUCAAUCACGACCAUGAGCAAAGAGCUAUUGAGGCCUAUAAGAAGACAGGCAAACAUAAAGGAUAUCUUCCUCUGAGAUCGGACAGCCCCAAAACGCUCAUCCGGAUCGUCAAAGAAGACCUCCCCAAUGGAGAUUGCUUCUUCCACGUGGUUUAUUCUGACCCUCAACAGCAAAUCGAUCCAGACGCAGAGUACGUGGACGAUGAGAACGAUGGCGGUUAUGACGACAGUGAGGAAUAUGAGGAGGAUGAAGAUGACGAGAUGAAUGAUUUGUAG